AUGGAACUACGAGUCCUCGUUACGGUACUUUUCGCAGCAUUGGUUGGAUACGUUGCUGCUACCGUCGACCAUGACAAAGUUGAGCCCUUUCCUCAGCCCGAUCCAGCAACUAUCUCUGAAAAAGCUGCCAUCAAGUUCAAGCCACAGUUGUACAGCGCAAAACUCGAGUAUUGCGUGUCAUUUCCUGCCGUUAAUGCUGUCGGCGAGGUCACCGGCGGACUGAAGGGGACAAAUGGAAACGACGCAUGCAGGCUUGCUCCUCUUGGAUCUCAGAUUUACGGUCGAGCUGGGUGGCACAACGACCGCUGGGCCAUCAUGUACGCGUGGUACUUCCCGAAAGGCUUUUAUAUGGGUCUCCCUACAAGACGUCAUGACUGGAAGAGCGUGGUCGUGUGGAUUGACAAUGCCGAAUUGGAGACACCAAAAAUUCUUGGGGUUUCCACUUCCGUCUCUGACACUCGCUACAAGAGGGACCUCGUCAUUUUUCCAAGAAACUUUGCUGGCUACCAACUGCAGGGUCCAAGGUUCCACCACACUGAAGUUUUUGGCUCCAACACUUCUCUUCGCUUUAAGAUCUGGCCUACUUUGUUUGUUCCGUAUAUGGGCUUUGCCGAUUUUGACGGUGAAUACCAGGACUUGAUCAUGUGGGAACAACUAACGGACGCGGCUCGGGCAGCUUUAAACGACGACAAUAACUUUGGAAGAGCUGAGGUCCCCUUCAGUGACACACAUUACAAGGAACACCUCGAAAACGCGUGGCCGUUCUAGUUUCGAACCGCAGAAGUUUCGAAAUUGUAUUAGGUUAGUCAGCUAGCCUCAAGGUAGUUGUUGGAUAGCUUAAUACUACUGCUAGUUUCUAAACGAGUGAGCAAUGCC